AUGUACACGCCUCCUGCUAAUGCGACGUUCUACAGCUGGAAGGCCGAGCCAUACGUGCGAGGCACAUCAAGUAUUCUCACCUCAUGCCUGAUCACCUUGACCCUAUGUGUAUGGACAGCAGUCCACCUGAAUAUUCCAAAGUACCGAAAGGCUUCCGAAGCAACAUGGCGCAAGGUGGCGUGGCUGUUCACCGCAAUGCUCGCGCCGGAACUGGUGGCAUUAGCUGCCUUUUGUCAGUAUAGAGAAGCUUCCGCACUUGGCGGGUACGUCAGGGAGGUCUACGGCCAGAAAGAACCGUCAUUCUGGAGUAUCUCCACCUUGACGUGGAGGAAGAAACUCGAAGUUGAGGAAAAGGGCACAAGCGAGAGUGAACAAUUUCAACAACUCGAUGCACCUAAUAAGCAGCGUCAAAGACAUCCCUGGACGAGAACGCAUUCCUUCUAUGCCCUCAUGGGUGGAUUCGCGAUCGACACACGUAAAUGCCAACAGAAAUUUCUCAGUCAUAACCGCAAUCGAAUGAUCUUGAACCUAGACGGCUUCAAACGUCUGCUACAACACGAACCGGAUCUACUCCCAGAUUUGUCUUUGGAGGAAAUCCAAGACAAGAGUAAAGCCAGCAACAUUGCAAAGACAAUCGUAUGCUGCCAAGCUAUAUGGUUCUGCGCUCAGUGCUGUGCAAGAUGGUAUGCCGACACAGGUUUCUCUCUUCUCGAGCUGAACACACUGGCACACUGCAUAUGCGCGCUGCUUAUAUUCAUGUUGUGGUGGAAGAAACCUCUCGACGUCGAAAGCCCCACACUUAUUAAUGCAGAAAACAUGAUGGAGCUCGCAGGUUUUAUGGCUCUUUGUUCGUACUCUCGUUCUUCCCGAAAGUCGCGACGCUCUCAUCCUUGCCUUAGGUUGGUCCCAGAUUGGUCCCAGUCCCCACUGCCAGAUAUCUCUUCAGAAGAGGUUACUCUCCAGUGCCCAGAACGUGAGGCCGAUGUCGCGCGCAAACCGAAGCAAAAAGCAACCUCCUCUUGGAUGGAUGCUUAUUAUAAGCACCCGCACGGCCAGGAGUAUACUCCUGGUCCGUUGCCGCCCGGAAGCAUCAUGGUUGAACCAAUAUCACAUCGCACAUUCGGUUGUUUCCAAUACUUGGGACCUUGUGCCAAACACGACGAUACUCCCCAAGCAGUCAAACGGAAGCCUUCGUUGCGAAGGACGUAUAUUCACAAAUUAGUCCUCAGCGAAACGGAUCAAUACUGUUGGCUGCUAGCUAGCAAGGGUUUGACCAAAUACGGUUGGUCCCUCGUCACUUACGAUGAUGAGUCUACCGACGCUCGUAGUCCGAAAGAGUACCUCGCAGACUGCAAUGAACGCAUGCUCGUCGACCGUGUAGGCGACAUACCCAGAAUCGAGACUCUCUCAGGCGUUAUCAUCGUCGCCACGCUAGCAAUUGCCGGUUUCUUAUACGGCGGCGUCCAUUUGGCUGCCUGGCAUACAAUCUUCAAGACCAAAAUUGAAGAGUAUCUCUGGAAGAUAUCUGCUAUAUCACUGGCUGCCUCUGGCCCUAUUGGUGUAUGUGUCAUCUUCAUCUUUCGCUCGUGGAAGAUCGAGCGCGAGUACGACAUGUCUCUUGGCCGCUUUCUGUUGACAUCCCUUUUAAUGUUUCUUCUGCCAGCUGUAGGCGUGGUAUAUGUGGUAGCAAGAGUAUACUUGAUUGCGGAAAGCUUCAUCAACUUGAUGUAUCUGGAGGCGUCGGUUUUUGUUGUCCCUAACUGGCUGCAGUAUUUUCCUCAUAUUACUUGA